AUUCGUGGCCUCUCCAGGCAUCCGCCUCGCGCACUGGCCACGCCUGCCGGGCGACGCAGUUAGCGCUCUAGUUUCUUACUACUUUUCGCCGACAGCGUACGCUUACGCUGCGUCGCUGCCUGGAAAAGCCACACCGCUAUAGCCUCCCUCCUCGCCAGCUGCACGCGCGGCACGCAUGGCUGAGCCCGAGCAACAAGCGCCGGCACCGGCAGCACCGACGCCGGCCGCACCGGCGCCGGCGUCGCCCGCCAAGCCCGAGAGCCUCGCCGCGCUGCCGCCGCCCGGCGGCCCCGCGCCCCCGAAAGGCAUCCUCAAAAAGAAGAAGAAGAAGAAGAUCCUCGACAAGCUCGCGCCGCCGGCGCCGGCGCCGGCGCCUCUACCUCAACAGUCGUCCGACGAGGACGACUUCGACGAGAAAUUUCCGCAGAAGGCGAAGGCGCCGGCCGCCGCGCCGCCAGCACCGGCCGCCGCGCCCGCCGCGCCCGCCGCGCCGGCGCCGCAGCCCAAGAAGAAAAAGAAGAAGAAGCUGGCCAAGUUCGCGAGCCUCGGCGCGCCGCCGGCGCCGACGCCCACGGCCGCGCCGGCGCCGCCGCCGCCCGCGCCCACGGCGCCGCCGCCGAAGAAGAAGAAGCGGGUGGUCGUCGAAGAGGAAGACGACGACGAGGACGCGCCGCCCGACGACCUCUUCGACCGCGAGGACGACGACGGCGCGGCGGCGGCCGCGUUCGCGGAGACCGAGGCGCCCGAGCUGCCGCCGGACGGCGUCGAGUAUGACGAGCGCCACAUCGCGCGGCUCAACGCCCAGUUGAAAGGCGUGGAGUUCGUCGACGACGGCGAGCGGUGGCGCGUCCUCAAGGUCUCGUUCGACGCGGAGCACGAGGAGCCCGUGUGCUUUUAUUUUGAUGCCAAAUUAGGCGACAAGGGCACGGUCGACGACUGCGAGUACUCGGCCGUCGACGAGGUGCAGCAGUGGAUCGCGAAUCAUAGGCGGCGCCUCAAGGCCAAGGCCGCGCGCGAGGCCUCCGGUUUGUCCGGCGCGCCGCCCAAGAAGCGCCGCGUGAUUAGCGACGACGACUUCGCGUCCUUCGCCUCGUCGUUGGACACGGAAGAGGCGCCGCGGCGGAAACCCUCGCCGCCGCCCGCGGCGCCGCCGCCGGCGCCCGCGCCCGCGCCGCCGCCGCGGGUCAGGACGGUGCCCAAGAAGAAGAAGGACCCCCUCAAGGAGUCGCUCAAGAAGAUUACCAAAGUUGGAGCAUCGGCAGCAAUCCCGAAACGCGCGCCGGCGCCGCGGCCCCAACAAAGAGCCGUGCCGCGCUUCAAGAGCGACGCCCGAAAGCGGCCGUCGGCCAUGGAUCUGAUGAGAGCGACGACGCCGGGGCAAGCUCCCCCACCACAAAUGCGCGCGCCGCCGCCGCGGCCCGUGCAGCGCGCGGCCGAGCCGCCGCCGGGCUGGCGCCAGCGCGGCGCGCCUCAAAAUGAUAGGCCCUGGCUCGCGGCCGGCGCGCGCGGGCCGUCCCCCAUGGGGGCGCCGCCCAUGAUGAUGCCGCCGCCUCCGCAACAGUACGGCGGGCCGCCGCCGCAGUUCGGCGCGCCGCAGUUUGGGGGCGGCGGCGCGCCUCAAUUUGGCGGGCCGCCGCCUCCGCAGUUCGGCGGCGGCGGCGCGCCUCAAUAUCAACGGCCGCCGCCCGCGGGCCUCUACGGCAGCGCGCCGCGGGCCGCGCCGUCGCUGGGCCCGCCGCCCUCCGUCGCGCCGAGCUUCGGCGGCGGCGGCGGCCCGCCGCCGGCCGCGCCGCCGCCGCGGCAGGCCGCCGACGAGAAGGCCGCGUUAUUGGCGAAGCUGAUGGACUCGAAGCCCGCGGACGCGCCUUCGGAAAGACCGCCGCCGCCCGCGGCGUGGGUCAACCCGCUUGCGCGCGAGCAGGCGUCGAAAGGGGGCCCCUUCUAA